CAAGCCUACAAGUAAAGAGCCUAAAGGGAAAGGGAACAAAGGGAAAGAGAUAGUGGUUGGGGGAAGUGGAACAAAAGCGUCCAACACUAAAUCAAAAACCUAUUUCCUUGAAAAUUAUAAAGUGCAAAAUUUGAGUGGUAAGUGCAAUGUGAUGAAAACUAUGAUGUUGGGAUUAAAAGAAGGGGAGCACGUUAAGGUACAUUGCACUAAAAGGACAUUCAAUAUGGAAAAGGACUUUGAAAUUAGUGUCACCGUUGAAGACACCGAUCAACUUCUCUCGGGAGCAUGGCUCAAUAUAUCAAUAAUACAAGUUUUUGCUACGGCUUUGAGUGAGUUGUGUUUUCACGAUGAUUGUCACCCCAAUAGUAUUGGAUUCAUGUGCCCGGAGAUGAUCUCGGCCACCAUGUUAAAGUCCGAUGCAGAUCGAAUUCUAUUGUACAUCACGAGGUCCAUGAGUGCACUUAGUUCUAAGACAUUCAUCUUAUGUCCAUACUACGAAAAGAGUCACUGGAUGCUUUUAGUUCUUUGCUUGUCUAAACGUGAGGUCUACAUAUUUGAUUCUCAACAGAAGAAGAGAAAUUUGAUGAUUAAGGAGCCACUAAACAAUGCUUUUCGGAGUUACAAGAGACUAGGUGGACAAUCUAAGGGAACUAAAUUAACAUGGAUUCCAGCACAGUGUGCUCAACAACCGGGAUCACUAGAUUGUGGCUACUACGUCAUGCGUUUUAUGUACGACAUAAUAAUGAAUCAUGGUAAUAGUCAAGAUCUUACUAAGGAUUUUUCAAGAACAUUGCCCUAUUCACCGGAGGAGAUUAAUGAGGUGAAAGAUUUUUGGGCAGAUUACUUCAUGAACAAUGUCGAAUUUUUAGCUUAAUUUGUAAUAUGAACUUGAUCUCUAGCUAGCUACGUACCUUUGUUGUAAUAAUUUUAUGUUUGUUGUAACAUGUUGGUUGAUCGAUCUAUGACGAAUUUAAUUGCCUUUUAUUGGGAACGUUAAUUACGUUG